GAUUGCUCUGGGAUAUUGCAUAUUGGUCUUGUUGAGUGCCAAAUCCAAAGGAUGCGUUACUUUUGUUAUUAAUUUGUUUGUUAAUAAUUUCUGCCGUGAAUACUAAAAGUUACUAUCGAUUUUAUAAUAACCUACUCCUCAUAACUCAUGGGUCGUUCUCAUUCUAAACGUAGUUCGUCAAGUGCACUUAGUGAAAAGCAAAAAAGUCAUCAUACCAAACAGCGCAAUAGUCGUUCACAUCAUAGAAAAACCAAAAGAAAAUCAAAUAGUCGAAAUACAUCAAAAGACUGUCAAAAAGCUAAAUUACUUCAUCUUACUAAAGCAGUAUGUACUAUGGUUGAUUCAGAUAAAAAGCGUAACCGUUCAGAAAAGCAUAAAAACAAACUGCCUUCAUGUGGUUGUCCAUAUGAUUGUGAAAAUGAAAUUCAAGCCUUACGUAAAAAUGUUGAAAAUCUACGUUCUGGUCUAAGUCAUAGUUAUAAAGAUAGACCAAUUUUUCAAUUGGAACAUUUUAUUGAUGAUCAUUAUCAAUUAUUAUCAGAAGCUUGGCUUUCAAUUGGACCAUCAAAACUUCGUGAUCUAGUCUCAGCUAGCCUGUUGUCAAUCUGUGCUAGACGAGAGCGUAGAGAUGCAAAACACUCAUCGAAUAAAAAUCCAAGAGUUUCAUGUAUUGUACAACCUUUUGUAUCAUUUGAUGGAAGUGAUUACCAGUUGGGUGUUUCAGAAUUAUGGCAUAGAUGUAUUCGUGAAUUAGAUGAUCUUUCAGUGGAACAAGUCAGAACUAUACUGAAUGGAACAGGUAAUCUUGAUCCAACUGAAUUAGUCCACAACAGCAGCAGUAAUAAAUGUGGCGUGAUCAUCUCUGAAAAAGAUCAAAACUCUCAAGCUUCCAUAGAAGAUAAAGUAGAUGAGAAAGUAUCUGACAAACAAAUUCAUGAUGCUGAUUCAACGACGGCAUUAUGUUCAGUUCUUGAAAGUAGUCUUGAAGUACAAAAGUGUACUACAACUGUUAAUGAUGCUACUGUUAUUGACUGUGAUCGACUACCAAAGAAUCUUCUAGAGUCAUCUACAAACUCUUGGCAAUCAGUAGAAGAUUGUCAAGACGAAGAAAAACCUUCAACAGAAGAAGCUGGUAUUUCGAAUUCAAAUAAUAGUAGUAAUAAUAAUAUAGUGGAUUUAGUUCAUCAAGAAAUUACUGAAUUGGAAAUGCGAGCUCGUGCUAUCCGUGCAAUGCUUAAAAAGAAAUCUGUCCAGUUGAAGUGAUCGAUGUAAAAAUUCCCUUCCCGCUUGACUUCGUUGCCUCAAUGUUUCCUCCCCUCCCUUUUUGGCAUUUGCUCAAUUCAACUCAAUCCAGCUGUGCUCAGCACUAUUCAUCAACAAUUUGGGUUGCUGUGCAUCUGUCAAUUUAUUAUUGUAUGACUUAUUGUACAGUUAGUAGUUAGUUAGUUUGAAUGAAUGUUUUGAACUAUAUGUGCAUAUGUUUAUCUGUCGUAUUCCUUUAUGACCUCUAUUCGAAGUCCUUUACUUCGGGGUGCUUUCUUCUAGCUUCUCCAAGAAUAAUGUUACAGACAAGAUUGCAUAAUAAAUUUUCAGUUGUACUUCUCAAAUUUCUUGUUGUGAUAUGAUGAGUGUUCAUGUGCAUGUACCACAACUAUUUAAUAAAAAAAUAGUC